AACUAUCGCUCCUCUUUAAGUUCUUUCGAUGGAGUGGUUGGUGUAGGACUGACAGCGAAACUGACCUUGAUUCCGAGUCGCAGCGAGAUGGAGAACAGAGUUUGAAAGGUUGAUAUUGCCAUUCACCGUUUGAUCUUGCUAGCAAUGCCUUUUCCAAUGAAGAUCCAGCCGAUUGAUUCUCAUUCCUCCAAAGGACUGGUUCGUAACGAUCCGGUUAAGCCUGUGGUGAAAUCGCGACUCAAGAGACUCUUCGAGAGACAGUUUCCGAGUGUUUUGAGGAUUUCAUCGGUGGACAAGCCCAUCGUUGGUGAACCUCAGUACAACAAAGAUGGAAGUAACGAUUGGGAGCCGAGUUCUGUGUGCUUGGCAAAAAUGGUACAAAAUUUCAUUGAGGAGAGUAAUGACAAGCAGCCAGCGUCAACUGCAAAAUGUGGACGGAAUCGCUGCAAUUGCUUCAACGGCAACUGUACUGACAGUUCCGACGAUGAAUUCGACUUCUUCAAUGGCUUCGGCGAGUCGGUGGCGGCAGCCUCAUCUGGUGAGGCUUGCGAAAUUCUCAAGAGCUUGGUUCCUUGUACAAGCAUUACCGAGAGGAAUCUCUUAGCCGAUACUGCAAAAAUUGUGGACAAGAACAAGAACUCUAAGCACAAGGACGAGUGUAGAAAAUUCGUCACCGAAGGUCUCCUAGCUCUUGGAUAUGACGCUUCAAUCUGCAAAUCACGUUGGGAGAAAUCCCAUUCGUAUCCUGCAGGGGAAUACGAAUACAUCGAUGUGAUCGCUCAAGGCGAUCGACUGUUAAUUGAUGUCGAUUUUCGGUCAGAAUUCGAGAUCGCUCGGUCCACAAAAAAUUACAAAGCGGUUCUCCAAACCCUCCCGUCAAUUUUCGUCGGCAAACCCGAUCGUCUUCAACAGAUCGUCUCCGUCGUAUGUGAUGCUGUAAAACAGAGCCUAAAGAAGAAGGGGAUGCACUUCCCGCCGUGGAGGAAAGCUGAGUAUAUGAGAGCGAAAUGGCUUUCUCCGCACACCAGAACAUCUUUAGGCAAACCAACAGAAACAGAAACUGAAACUGAGACGGAAAGCGAUAAAAAAUCGAGUGUGAUUACCACCAAGAAUUUUUCCGGCGAAUUUGAGCUGAUUUUUGGGGAAAAGUCCUCGCCAUCCGUGACGGAAUCCGGCGAGGAUGGUUCAUUGCCGAAGGGUAUUUGCGAUGAAGAAGAAAAGAUUAAAGUAGUGGUGUCGGAAUGGCAGCCACCGGCGAUCAAACCAAAGAGUUCCCAUGGAGGCGGCAAAAUUGUCACCGGUUUAGCUUCCGUUCUCAAAGAAAAACCAUAAAUUUUGUUUUAUUUUUGCUUUUUCCCCGGAGAAUCAAAAUCUCGUAUUAUCAUAGAACCUUUUGAUCCCACUCCCUUUUUGAAGGGUCUGUAAGAAGCAAAGCCUGUAAUCAUCUCUACUGAUAUAAAUCAUACAAUAAUAAUAGUAAUAAAAAAUAACAAAAUUAUUAUAGU